AGGCAGCCCGGUUCCCCCGGCAGCUUAGGGUUUGCCGCCGGUAUCGGGGGAAGCGAUUCAGCUGCGCACCGGCCGCGGGAGGAGGGAGCCGGGGAGAGGCAGGGAGCGGGUCCGGCUGCUCGCGGGGCCCGAGCCCGGCGGAGCCGAGUCGGCGGCGGGGGCAGGCUCCCUGGUCCCGUUUGCCCCGGUCCCGCUGGAAGAGCAGAAAGCCGGGCCAGGAGGGAGAGGCCAGAGCCGGUUGCACUGGAGACAGCGCUGCGGGGAGCCCCUCCGGCAGGGCAGGCACCGGCUGACGGUUUUGGCCUAUACUCACCGUAUAAGACUACUCCCCCUUCCGAGGCUGAAGGACCCACCACCGAAGACCCGGUAGGGAACCGUCCACUGAGGUUUCUGCUGCGUCGAGACAUCAUGAUCAAGGCUUCGAUGAGCUCUGGGAAGGCGACUCUCUUCCACCAGGAUCCGCAGAGUGGGGUCACCUAUCGGAUCCCCGCACUGCUGUAUAUCCCCCCAGACACGCUCCUGGCGUUCGCGGAGAAACGCUCCUCUCCCAGGGACGAGGACGCUGAGUCCCUGGUGCUGAGACGAGGUCGGAAGACAGGGACUUCGGUUGAGUGGGGGCCCAGGGAGCCCUUGACGAGCGCAGUGUUAGAGGGUCACCGCACGAUGAACCCCUGCCCGGUGUACGAGCGGAAGAGUCAGACUGUCUUCCUGUUCUUCAUCUGCGUGAGGCAGCACGUCUCAGAGCAACGGCAGAUCUGGACCGGGCAGAACGCCGCCCGGCUCUGCUACAUCCGCAGCGGAGACGCCGGCCAGACCUGGAGCUCGUUAACGGACUUGACAGAGCAGGUGAUUGGGGAAGACUUGAAGGACUGGGCCACAUUUGCGGUGGGGCCAGGGCACGGGGUGCAGCUCAGCUCUGAGCGGCUGGUGAUCCCGGCUUAUACCUACCACAUUACCGCUCGCUGCUGCCGCCUGCCGCUGCCCUGGGGGACCCAGCCCCGGUCCUUGGUCUUUUAUAGUGACGACUGCGGGCAGCGCUGGCACAAGGGUGAGCUGAUUGAGGGCAUGAAGACGGUGGAGUGCCAGGUGGCCGAGGUGGCGUGCCGGGCCUGCGAUCCUGUGCUGUACUGCAAUGCCCGCACCCCCUGCCGGUGCCGGGCAGCGGCGCUCAGCACAGACCAGGGGCUCACAUUCGAGCGCCCCUCCUCGUGCAAGAAGCUGUGCGAGCCGCCUCACGGCUGCCAGGGCAGCGUGGUGAGCUUCACACCGACAACAGGGCUUCUGGAGGCGGAUGGCGCGGAAGGGCCAGAUGCUCCAGCCUCCAAGGUGACCUGCCUGUUGAACGGUGAGAACGCCCCCUCCGCCAUCCGCAGAAGCCCUGUGUCGUGGCUGCUUUAUUCCCACCCAACCAGUAAACACAAGCGGGUCAAUCUGGGCAUCUACCUCAACCGGUCCCCAUUGAACGAGGCCAAGUGGGGGCACCCCUGGCUCCUGUACCAAGGGCCGUGUGGUUACUCAGACCUGGCCAUGUGCCAGGAGGCGCCAGCACCGCUCUUGUUUGGCUGCCUGUUUGAGUGCGGGGUGAAUCACGCGUGUGAGGAGAUCGCCUUCCAGCUCUUCCGCUUUGAUGAUCUCCAAAGCUAAAAUCCGGAUAGCAGUGUCCUCCGGGGGAGUAAGCUCCCCUCUCCCGCCCUCGGAGAUUCUCACCCCCACGAGGCCUGGGCUUCCGAAAUCAGCCUCUUCUUUCAGAGUUCUCUGGUUCUGGGUCCGGGACUUCUAGGGGUCAUUCCAUCUGAGAUUGAGAACUUGGCCACAGCCCAGGCAGCCGUGCCAGCCUCUCCAUGGCCGUCCUACCGAUGUACCAGCACCCUGAGCCAGGUGCACCACUGCCAGGGGCCAAAACACCUGCCGGUGUGAAUCAGCUCCACAGGUUACACCAACUGAGGGUGUGGCCCAGAGUGAGGACUGCUCAGUCCAUACUCCACAGACCUGUCAAUCCUUGGUCCCUCUGCUGAGACUGCCAGGGGAGGUGGCACAUUCAGCUAGUGCUAAUGUGGGCAUUUGCCCUGUGAUACAGAGCCCUGGUUUUUGCAGUGCUGUUGGUCCCAGAGAGAAGGGAGGGGAGAGACACCCCGAGCUCUUCGCCAGGUCCGAGCAGGCUCCUCCCAGCGUCACAGCUCAAUGCACGGUGGACAGAUUGCGAAGCAUACGGGGUUCACACAUGUUGCAAGAAGCCAUUCAAAGUGAAGUGGGCAGCUGACACCUUUGUAGCCAUAGGACUGAGGAGAGUUGGUGGGUUAAAGAUCGUUGUCAUGAGACACAAAACCGGGGUCUCUGUUGACUUAAGCUGGACCCCCAAAACCACAGACUCUAAGGGACGCUGGUUUUCUGUCUCCUGACACCGAUCUGUAACCCACUAACCCUCCUUUGGGGAAGAAGAGCUCUGUGGAGCGCCAAAGCUUGUCACUUGCACCAACAGAAGCUGGUCCAAUAAAAGAUGGGCCCUCACCCACCUUGUCUCUCUCUCCUACAGGCCCGUCCAUUAAAAACUGCACGGACACAAAAGAGAACUUCCUCUGGGUGCGGGCGGGGGGAUGGGAAUCCGCUGUGAAAGUUGUGCUGCUGGGGGUGCUGUGCUAAGGUCCCUGUAAGCUGCGUGGCCGCGCUGCAGCCUAUUGAGCACCACACAGGCGCUCAGGGAACCUGCCUGGCAGGGACUUGCCGCAGCGGGGAAGGGCCGCCCCUCCCCCAGCCCCAGCUCAGCCCUGGAUCUGCUGUGGCCAGGGGAAGAGCACCCAGCCCCAGCCCGGACCUGCCCCAGCCCUGCCGCAGCCAAGGGAGGGGUGCUGCUCCCCCCGGCCCGAACUCAGCCCGGACUUGCCGCGGCAGGGAGAGGCGCCUCUCCCCCUGCAGCCCAGGUGCUGCUGUGAGGAGAGAGAGCUGGGGGGAGUCCUCUCUCCCUGCCAUAGCCCUGGGGCAGCCUGCAGCCCAAACACCUCAUCCCUGGCC